UCCUCGCGAGGCUGAGGCUGGGCGUGUUGUGUGCCUGGGCGCCGCUUGUUGUUUCAACGGCAUUUUUUAAAAACUAUUAAAUAAAAAGAAGAGGCAGAUGUGCCUUUUAUUUGUACGGUUGUGAAGAUCUGAGAAUAGCACUCGUUCUCGAUGCAGUUGUCAUCCCUGAGAGUUUAGAAAAAGUUGUCAUCUCUACGGUCUGGUCCUCCGUCUGCCAGUCUUAGCAGACGACUAAUAGUUUGUCUCGGCCUUUCGUGAGACUAAGUACAUGCCUUUCGCUUUGAGAAAUGGAACCACACCAGUUUGAAUACUUCGGAGGAGUUGAAGGGGGAGCAACAUGUUCCAAGUUUGUUCUUAUACGAUCUGAUGGGAAAAUUAUGGCUUGGAGUGAAGGAGGCUGCACAAAUAAAUGGCUUGUUGGAGUAGAAGAAUGUGUGAAAAGAAUCAACUCAAUGGCAGGUGAGGCCGUGUCUAAGGCUCAACUUGAAGCAGGUACAUGUCUGAGAGCUUUGGGUAUGUCACUUAGUGGAGGGGAUACUCCCAAGUCACAAGAAGAAAUUGUUGCCGCCAUCAAGACACAGUAUCCAGGACUGGCUCAGACUUCGUUUGUUUGUGGAGACACACGUGGAUCUUUGGCCACUGCACUACCAUCAGGUGGAAUUGUCCUGAUUGCCGCACUGGCCCAACUUCACCUCAUCAAUCCUAACGGCUCUGAAGCAAGAUGUGGAGGAUGGGGGCAUCUCAGUGAUGAAUCAUCAGGUUUUUGGAUUUCCCAGAGGGCGCUAAAAGUUUACUUUGAUCAUGCUGACAAUCUAGUUUCAUCUCCACAUGAUGUUACCUUUGUUGAAAAAGCAAUGUUCAGCCACUUUGGGAUAGAUGAUCGCAAUGGUCUGCUUCCUUUCCUUUACAGUGGUUUUGACAAAUCAAGGAUUGCAGGACUUUGUAAAGAGCUGGCCAGAGGUGCCAUUGAAAAAGGUGAUGCUCUGUGCUGCUCUGUAUUCUGUGAAGCAGGGAAAUUGCUGGCAAUGCAUAUUUUAGCUGUUGCCAACAAAAUUGACAAGCUACUCCUAAGCCAAACAGGAGGGCUUCAUGUUGUUUGUGUGGGAUCUGUCUUCAAAAGUUGGCAAGCCUUACAACCAGGUUUCGAAGCAGUCAUGAAGGAAAGAGGUCCAGGGUUAGGCAUCUGUGAAGUUAGUUUGCUGACACUCCAGACCUCUGCUGCAGUGGGGGCAGCCGCCUUAGGAGCACAAGCUGCAGAAUGCCCACUGCCAAUGGACUACAGUACUUAUGCACAGACUUUUUACACUGCUAAAUUUUCCUAAGUGACCCACACACAAACCAUAACAGACAUUAAAUGGGGUUACAUAUGAAGUCCACAAAGCUGGCCUUGCAUCAUGACAAAUUUGCUUAUGUUUGAUAAUGUAUUCAAGCAACUAAUAUGUAGAGUGUAUAACAAAAAGAAAGAUAAUAUCAACAGUGUCUGAAAAAUGUUCGUUUUGUCAAUGACAUGACUAUGCUAAAAGUUCUCGUACAAUGUUGUGUGAUCUCAGCUGUUCAUCUCAUACCCUUGUCAGUAUAAUCAUGGUAAACUGCAAUGAAAAUAAUAUUCUUUUGUCUCUAGCAGAACAUCCUUUAACAUGAAUGACUAGGAGGCACUUUUGAAUUGUGACAAUUUUGGUACAUGAUUAUUAUUGUGGGACCACUUACAUUUUCAGCCUCUUGAAAAUUUUAGUUUAUGAUUAUGGCUGUAGUAAAUGAGCACAAAUUUGAUAGUUUUUUCUCAAUAUUUGUCCUUUUUUUAAAAAAAUGUUUCCCUUAUUUCAUUGCAAAAAAUUCCAGAAAUUGACAUGAAAUUUGUGUACAUCUCAUAGUCCAUUAAACAUUGUCAUAUCUUUUAUCACAAAGUAUUCACUUUUUGUCGCAUUCAUGUUAAGAUGUGAUUGACAAAGAUGUUAAAGACAACAAAAAUCCUAGGUUGAUACUUCAUGGAUUAAGAGUUUCUCACAAGCGUCCAGUGAGAAACCAGAAUAAAAGCAACAGAAAAUACAUUCGUUGAUGCAUUUGCAUUUGGACCAGCUUGACAUGAUUAUCUUGGGAUAUGUUGCAACUAUUUACCUGUGUCUGUCAUGUAUUUUGCUGCUUUUGUGGCUUCAGGAGAAAAGUUUUGGGGGAAUUGUCCUAACGAUUCAUGAUAUAUGUGAAUUUAUGACUGCUAUAUUGUGCCUCAAAUAUAACACCAUGUCAUAAAGUUAUUUAUACAGAACAGGUUAUUUUAUACACCACCUUUUUUCUCAUAAAUGUUAUAAACUGAAAAUUGAACAGGAUUAAAUAUGCAAUAAAGUGCUCAUCAUUGAGAUAUGCAUAUAUGUGAAUGUGUUGAUGCAUUACUCCUAGCAACCAGAUGGCCUCAACAUUGUGUCUGUACAACACCUAAAGGAAACUAAGCAUUAGUAAUGCUCAGAGCAAGUUAAAUGUUGAUACCAAUUAAAUGGAGAUAAAUGCUUAUUGUCUUCCACAUAUGUUGUGUGUAUAUGUGUGUGUGUGAGAGAUAUGUCAUAACCUCUAAUGCACACAGGAUCUGGUUAACAUCUGCCCGCUGUUUCAGUCAUUGCUUAACCUCACUGAUGAGACUCUUCAGCUGAGGUAGGGACUCAAGUCCUCCAUGUUCUCAAGCAUCAGCAGCUAUAUCAGUACAUGUUCUGGCAUGGAUUUGGUAUGCAUUAAUUUGUCUUCAAUUUUUGUGAACAUCUAUCUAAAAAUGAGCCAACAAGUGACCCAUACAAUAAUGAACUAUUCUUAGCCAAAUACAUGUGCAUGCAACCACAACAAGUACUCCUCAGACUUCAACAUCAGAACUGUUUAUUCUGUACUUUGUGAUAUCCACAUGACAGUAAAAAUCAAAGCGCUCAAAACAUACAUUACCUCAAUGAAAGAAAAGUUCACACAAGGCAGCUUGAUCACAGACAGUCCUCCGUAUGAUUUUUUUCCCAAAAAAUUUCAGUGAAUUCUUGAGUGAAAAAGUACGCAACAUUUUCCACAAACACUUAUCAAGCUAUGCUGGGCCUAGAAAAUGUCAUCUUCGGUCAACUGAGUAUCACAACCUAUGUAUUAUGUUUAUACCCUAUGACACAUGCUGGCCUUUAGUAUAAUAGCAAUAUUUGCAGCCAGAUUAGCCUUUUAUAGCCAGUAGUAUAUAUAUCAUGGCUUCUGC